AUGCCGCCAAAGCUUCAACUGGAUAAAGAAGCCUGGAAAUGGGCUGAUACAACUCAACCUGAUAAUGUGACAGAUGAUAAUGUAGCUACUGCCUACAGGAUACCAGUCAAACCUUGUUUACAAGGUACCUGCAAAAGAAAUUGUAAAGGAAAUCCAUUCUGUUUGAAUGGUAUUGGUGAAAAACAGUGGCUAGGUGAACUUGAUUUAAGGAAAUACACUGAUUUCGAUCCUGAAGUUGAGAGACGAGAAAAGAAUUCCUAUGUAGGUUUGAAGAAUCUAGGAGCUACAUGUUAUGUUAAUACAUUCCUUCAACUAUGGUUUCAUAAUAGUGCUGUUAGACAAGCUAUAUUUAAAUGGAGAGAUAGUGAUUCUACAGAUGUUGUAGAUGAAAACUGGACUCCAUCAAGUAUAUGUGGACAACUUCAACUGAUAUUUUCCUUGUUAAGAUAUAGUGAAAAACGGUUUAUUGAUCCUACAUGGUUUAUCAAUCAUUUAGGAUUAGAUACAGGCCUACAACAGGAUGCUCAAGAAUUUUGUAAAUUAUUUUUAAACCUUUUAGAGAGUGCUAUGUGUCAAACCGUGGAAUUGAAUAUUAUUCAAGAACAGUUUCGUGGACAAUAUUUUUAUGUUAUUACGUGUAAGAAUUGUGGUGGGGAAUCUAAAACUAGUUCUAUGUUUUAUGAAUUAGAUUUAAAUAUACAAGGACAAAAGACAUUACAACAAGCUUUAGACAAUUUCUUACAGGAAGAAGUGCUAGAAGGAGAGAAUAGGUAUUUGUGUCGAUAUUGUCAAGAAAAACAAGAUGCUACGAGAGCUAUACGUCUAGAUACCAUACCACCGGUAUUAAACCUUCAGAUAUUACGAUUUAUAUUUGAUAAAAAGACUGGACAUAAGAAGAAACUAAAUAGUUUUCUACAAUUUCCUGAUACUCUAGAUAUGAGUAAAUAUUUACACACAGAUAAACCUGUAGUAUAUCAAUUACAAGCUGUUCUGAUACACAGUGGACCCAGUGCUUAUAGUGGGCAUUAUACAGCUCAUAUACUGUCAGAUGAUAAGACAGCCUGGUAUAGAUUUAAUGAUGAAAAUAUUCAUAAAAUGAUGGGCAAGAAAUUACAGCUUGGUACAGAGGAUGAAGCCGAUUUAUUGGGAAAGGAACAGAAAAUUCCGAAAACCAGUAAAGGAUUCCAUUCGUCUAAGAAUGCUUAUAUGUUAGUUUAUAGUCGGCAAGACAGUGAACAUAAAGAUGAAUAUAAUUUAUUACCAUCAGCUGUUCAAGAUUACAUUCAGAAAGAUAAUGAAAAAUUUAAUAGUUGGAUAUCUGAAAUCUUGAAUUCUAGGGAUUGUAAUAUAGAAAAUGGUAAAGCUAAACAAAGUGAAAUACAGACAAUCUAUAAGUCAUUAUUAAUAAAUGAUGGAAGACAACAAAUAGACAAUAUGGAAUGGAUAAAUAGUGAAUGGUUAUCUAAAUGGUUAAGUAACCCCAAUGAUGUCUUACCAAUAGACAACUCAAUCUUAUUAUGUCCUCAUCAAAAAUUAGACCCUGAUAUGAUAUGUAAAGUAAAAUGUAUCAAUAUUAAUGGUGGUCAACAACUGUAUAAUUUAUAUAAUGGUGGACCCAGAUUAAAAGGUCAGGAAGUAUUAUGUAAAGCAUGUGUUGUCAGGCGUUGUCAAGUGAUACAAUUAAAACUCAAAAUGGCUGCUGAUGAUCAGAAAAUUUCAUCUUUAAUGAAAAAUAUAAAUAAGAGUGAGAAAUUGUAUUGGAUUGGUAAGUCAUCGUUGAGAAGUUGGAAGAGAUUAGCAUUGUCACAAUUAGAGAGUGAAGAAAGAGUGCCUAAUGGUAAUAGUAAUGGUACCGGUAAUGGUGCUACAAGUCCUGAAAAUAAUGAUGAUGAUGUCAAUGAUCAAAUGGAACCUAGUUUUAGUUUUAAUACAGAUUUAUUAUGUGAUAAUCAUGGAAAUUUAAGCUGUGAUGAAAAUACUCGUAAAAUGAUUCCUGAAGAUGUGUGGAAGAUUUUAUAUGGUUACUUUCCUCAAUCUAAACAGUAUACUUUAGACCACCCUGUUUGUCCACAAUGCCAGGCAAUUAAUUUAGAAAAGAGUGAAAUUAAAUUAUUAAAGAAGAAACGUAUAGAAGAACAGAAAAAUGAAUUAUGUGAUUUAUAUUUUGAUCGACGUAGACCUAGUCUAGAGGAUCAGUCUUUAUCACAACUGUAUAUUGUUAGUAAAAUAUUUACUACCGAGUGGAGGAAAUACAUCAAAGAUAAUGGUAGAACUUUACCUAUUACAUGUAUCAACAAUCAAAUAUUACUAUGUGAACACAACAAAUUUCUUUACUCAGCACAAGAAUUAUAUCAUCAAUCCAAUGUAGUGUUAUUAUAUCCCAAUGAAUGGAAAAUACUAUGUAGUUAUAUGAGUUGUGAUGUUGAUAUUAAUAUUAUAAGAUAUAAAGAAGAUAGUGAUACCAAUCUUACUACAAUCACUAUACCAGGUGUUUGUGAGACCUGUCAACAGGUGAGGCUACAGGCUGAGAAAGAUGAGAAGUAUAAUUUUCGAAAUACUGUGAUAUAUGUUUAUAAGGAGGUAGUGACUCAGGGUCAAGUUAGUGUUGAUAAUCUGUCCAUCAACACACUAGCAAAUGGUACUGGUACACAAGACAAAAAUUUGAAUGAGGUGGAUGACAAUAAUAUUGAACCUCCAGACAAGAUGCAGAAGAUAGACCCAGAUGAGAUCUCCAGAAGAAAAAGUCAGCGUCGAAGAAAAGUUCGAGGUGAAAAAGAAAUCAAUGUAUCAUCUUCCAUGACACUUAAAGAACUUAAAAUUAAGAUUAUGAAUAUAUUCUCAGUACCUCCAUUUGAUCAAACAUUAAUAUUAGAUGGUGAAAUCCUUAAUGAUAAUACAGCUACAUUACAACAGUUAAAAAUUUAUCCUGCCUGUAAUAUACUAGUAAAGGUUGAUGAACCAAGUGAAGAUCAUUCAGUCAUAGAAGAUAUUUUAACAGGUUUGUAUAUUAUUUGUCACACCUUUGUCAUCAAUUUUUCUCUUCAGUAUAGGGGUGCACAGAUGACUCAGUGA